UUUCUGGUGGUUACCCUGAGUUUUGGAUGUUAUACAGCCCUAAAUGGAAUGAUGGCCAAAAUACGUGGCAUCUUUGUACUAAGCGACUGGCGACGCCCUUGUGUGCCCUGCAGCAAUAGCACGGAGAGCGAGAGUGGAUGACCUUACCACUGAUAGACUGACAACUUGAAGCUGAAAUACCGGUCGGCCACCUACUGGCAGAGAUCUACCGUAUGCUAGAAGGCCAACAAACCAGCUUGAAGUCAGGAGGCGGUGGUUGCUUAGUAACCGAGUGAAAGAUCAGCCGACCGUAGUUGAAGGCCAGCAGCUCGAGCAGGAUUAGAAACUACUAGUUAUAUAACAAAUAAGAAAUUCAGUCCAGGUUUUCCUAUCCGGAAUGGCCAGCAGUGAGGCCAGUGCAUAUCUCUCAGUGGUCAAGUGGGGGGACGAAGGACAUUAUCUCAAAGAGUUCACCCAGAAAUUCUCUCUUCCUCAAGUGGCUAAAAUCAUCAAAGGACAGUACCACAAUAUUGGAGUGCCAACCUUACCUUACCCGUUUCUCAACCAAAUGGUGUUUAUUGCUUCGGCUGGAAAGAAAGUACGAGUGGGGGCUCAGUCUGUAAAGUUUAAAGAUAACCGAGGCGUCGUGCCAGUUGGGCCUAAGCUAGCUAUCCCGGAUAACUAUAAUGGCUGGUUUGAGAUUCUUUCCGAAGAUGGCCGUGCUAUGCGUUGUCUUGAGAAUGUCGGUGAACUGGCACGGGUGUUUCCCAAGACGUGUUUGGUGAGAGAAAACGUGAAAGUAUUCCUAAGUAAAUCUGAGGAUUCGGACAUCAUGUCAGAUAAAACACAGACUAUUGUGGCGGGAGAAAUUCUGGUUUUGGUAAACGAGUUACUCAAACCUUCACACCGAGGAAAAGGUCCUGGGCGUUUCCUUCGUUGUUUGAAUUCUCAAGGGAAGACUCUUUACCUUAGUUUUGAACAAAAAGGGAAAUUUAGUCCUAUAGCUGGCGAGGAUAAUAUUUCUGGUGUACACAGUAUUAAGAACUUGUUAUCAAAACGACUUCCUUUGAUGGUUAGGCUCGUACAUGGUAAACCCCCACCUGGGCUUAAAUCAAGUUUCAUUCCCGAAAUGAGACUGUGCUCUUUAUUUGAAGAAGAGAGCGCCAUGGCUUUACCUCUACUAAAAGAUUUUAACGUGAUUUCCAUUCCUAUGAACCUGCCACUGAAACUUCAAGCUCCAUGUAACGUAGAAAAUCUGGUAAAGCUUCGCGAGUAUUCAAAGUUGUCUGAAAAAUGUAAAAAAAUUAUUCAGGAAAUGUCUGACCAGAUUCAGGUUAUUGAUCCGAUCAUAAGAAAGGAAUAUAAAAAUGAAGGAAAGCUACAUUUCCGUUAUUUUCACAAUCACAAACAUUCAAAGCGAAACAUUCCCUUAAUUAGACGAAGUUUUUCUGAUCCGAUGUGUAUGGAGACGGUCAAAACACUCAUCACCUCGGAUCAAGAAACAUCUUCUCCAGUAGACGCUCGUGGUAUUCAAAGUGGCGACACAAAACUCAAAGAGGGCCGCCAAGAGCCCGAUGAACGAUACGACGAAAUUGACCAAAUCUAUGAUUACGUUCGAGGUUUUGCCCCUCUUCCUAGCAAAGUAAAGACUGAACUCAAAACUAAAGAGCAGUUCUUUGGAGAAAAUGCAUCCUCUCCAACUUGUGCGAAUUCCCCAGUACAUACCAAACUUGACCUAUUACCUUCACCACAACCAGAGACCAUUACUGCUCCAGGACACCCAGAGAAGCCUGAACCUCCUCCAGUCGAGACAAUUCCUGUCAGAAAGUUAUCAAUCAGCACUGAACCUACUACCCAGAAGAUUACAGUCAGCAUCGUCAAUAAAGCUCCCUCGAAAGAUAAGAGAAGCUCGGUGGCGAGCAAAGAUAUGUCGCCUGAAGAGCACGUUUAUGAAAAAGUUGGCAAAACAAACGAGGAGAUGAAAGGCGUGAGUACGCCCGUUCAUCAUCCAAGGGUGCCUGUCCGCUCAAACAGCACCGGAAAAAUUGGCAUAGCUAGUGGAAAUCAUGCGUUCUAUAACAAUAAGAAUUUUAUCAAGAGCCCUUCACUACAGAAACAAAGUAAUAAAAAUAGGAUGUUUAAAUAUGUCAAAUCAUCCCCUUCUAAAGAAGCUGGAAUGUCUGUUCAUCGAACUACUCAAGGUAAAAACUGUCGAAGUAAAUCAUUAACGACUUCACCUUUGUUUAACAUCCGUUAUAAGUCUUUGACCAACAUGGAAGCCGAGUUUAACAACACCCUCGACUCCAGUAAUUCCGGAGGUAAAACGUCAUCAGGUUCAGAAGGCUCCAAGGAGAAAGAAGUGAAGCAUAUGAACCGUAAGCUACCAAGGCCGAAGUCCAUGACAAAUCUGUUUUGGGAUGUCCAUCAUUUAGACAGCUGUAACAAGUAUAAUGUCAUACAAAAUGAAGUGAACAAUAAAAAGAACAGUCGAAAGUUUAUAGCUGUACAGGAAUCCGGUGCUCCAAAGUUGAUACAUGCUGCACAAAAUAAACGCAUUGGAACCCUAUAUCUUUAAUUUUCACAGUGUUAGAUAAGGUUUCUCUUUAGCCUCGUACCCCUGAAACCGCUUUGGAAUUGACAUGCUUUUGAGAGCGUCUGUGCCUGUUGUUCAGGAUGUGAGAAGCAAGAGUUAUACAAAGACUGAUGUGCUUGGAAUUCAACAACAAUGUGUGCAUAUAUUAUAGCCAAUUAAUGAAGUGUAAGGGGCAUGAAGGAGUAGCUCUUGUUUCCGAUACUGUUGUGACUUUGUAAGAUGGCUUUUAAAUUAGACACUGCUCAAAGUUCUGUGAGAAUAUAUAAAGGAUGUGGUGUGUCCAAGUCUUUUUUAUGUGAUAGCAACGUGAAACAAGUCAUGUAUACUGAUGUACAUAUUUUGUUAUAUUUUAAGUUUUGUGCUUCUAAUGUUUAUUAUUUAAUGCUGAUUGUUUUGUGUGUGUGUGUGUGUGUUUCAGUUAUUACUAGAAUGAAUUGGUUGUGCGAUUCUGUUCUUACUUGUAGAAACCUGCUGAACGUUGUGUAAUUAGCCAAUUUGUCCAGAGAAAUACGUAACUCACUUCUAAAAUUAAAGAAAUACUGUUAUUGUUUUUUUAGCACAAAACUACACAAUGGGCUAUCUCCUAUUUAUCCACUGCCCGGAAUCGAUCUCUGGAUUUUAGCAUUGUGAAUCCAAAAACUUGUCGCUGACCCACUAGGGUACAAGAACUGCUGUAACGUCCUCCUAACUUAGUUCUAAUCAACUUGUAAUAAAUAAUAAGCACUAGCAGAGCCUCUCAUUUCAAAAAUAUGAAUUCCUUUUUUUGGAUGAUACGUGAAAUCGUUGGUUGUGUUUUCACUUCUGAAAAGGAAUAAAUAUAGGAAGCCUACAUACUUGAGAAGGUUAGAUAUAUAUUGAGAAAUCUUAAAGGUUUGGACACAGUUUUAAAACGCUUUAGCCACUAUCUUGUCAUUAAAUCUGUAAUACGAACAUAUGCAUCCACCAAAACAUGCAAUCAAUUCGUAAAAAAAAAGUUCAAAACUUAAUAUUUUUUCUUGUAACUGAACGUAAUUCAAAUAUUGAUAAAGGCUGUUACGAACAAACCCAUUGUACCCUUCAUUUGAUUUUCAGUUUACUGUCCGAAAACGAUUUUUUUUUUUUUUUUUUUUUUUGGAGUAUGGAUAAAAUCUACACGGUUUUGUGGGUUCCGCGUAAUAGAAUGUCGCUAUAAAGUUCAGAAACUUCUAGGCUAUCCACCUAGUGAGAAGAAAUGGAAAUUUUCUGAAAAGAGGUUAUUAUUUCGAAAUAAAAGACGGUAUCAUGAAA